GAGCACACAAGGUUGUAUGCUCCUCCUCUCUUAUACAGAAUGCAGAUUUGUAGGGUGGCAUUCCCAGCCAUGGUCCUAUAAAGCACAAGGCCCUUUUUCUUCAUGGAGGAAGGAUGCACACAAUGCUAGGCUGAAGAGCUAACAUUUUGGGGAUUUCAUCCUCUGACUAGGAUCAGUCUCCACCAACCGUCGGUGUUUACAGAAUCCAAUCUAUCCAUCAUGGGCAGAUGCAGUGGGCGAUGUACCUUGGUUGGGAUCUGUUGCCUACAGCUGGCUGCUGCCUUGCAGAGACAAAUCUUUGACUUCCUUGGUUAUCAAUGGGCUCCCAUAUUAGCAAACUUCCUUCAUAUUAUGGUGGUGAUUCUGGGAAUACUGGGGACUCUUCAUUACAGAUCCAGGUAUCUUAUACUGUAUUCCAUAUGGCUGGCAUUAUGGGUGGCCUGGAAUGCUUUUAUUAUAUGUUUCUAUCUGGAAGUGGGACAUUUCUCACAGCACAGGGACCUGAUCAUGAACUUUAAUACCUCCAUGCAUCGGUCUUGGUGGAUGGAGAAUGGGCCAGGCUGCUUGGUGACCCCAGUGCGUGGCCCUCCUCUACCACUGGCAGAUCAUCACAUGGUGACAGUGACUGGCUGUCUCCUGGACUAUCCAUACAUAGAAGCUUUAAGUAGUGCUCUACAAAUCUUCCUGGCGCUCUUUGGUUUUGUCUAUGCUUGCUAUGUCAGCAAAGUUUUCAUGGAUGAAGAAGACAGCUUUGAUUUCAUUGGUUCAUAUGAUUCCUAUGGAUAUCAGGCUCCUAUGAAGACAUCGCACCUCCAGUUGCAGCCACUGUACAAGCCUGGCUAAAAGGCUCUGCUGAGCCUAAACUAUACAGCGGACCCUUUGAAGGAAACACACCCACACUACUGUUUACUCUGAGCCUUUGGUUUUGAUACAGAAAUUUCUUUUAUGUCAUUAUUUCUGAUAAGUGGUCAAAAGCCUUAAUACAAAAAGGCAGUUGUACUGAUAUUUGAAAGCAUCUUCUUACAGUUGUGUAACUGAGUUUUAAAGAAAGUUACUAUUAAUACUUGUUCUUAGAAAAUAUUCAAGCAGAUAUGGAUAUGUCCACAAAAAACCUCAUUACAUCCAGCAGCCCAAAUACGCAUAGUUGCUACCCCUAAUACCUGGAGGUCCUUGCAAAUGCAUUUACCAGAUGUCGAAUCACUGUUACAAAUGAGCUUAGCACCUUUUUCUGGCACUUGUGAGUGAUGUCACCUGGGCUUUAGUUUUUUUUUUGUUGGUUUUAACAAGCCCUUCAAGAAUAAUGUUUUUAAUUCUUGGUCCAGCAUAUGCUGAAUCUGAACGACAUUUUAGAAUUGUUUGCUCUAUAUUUUUAAUUGUACUUUAAUUGUACUGUAGGUUAAUGCCACUGUAUAAUGAAGUCUGUGUUGAAAAAUCUAAAAUGCGUAUUGAUUGAGAACAUGCUUUUCAACAGCAACCCUUAACAUGAUCCUUUGCUGUGGCAACUAUACAUUUUUGAUUAAGGCAUGUUAUCAAGAAUGAUCAUAGUUCUGUCAGUUUCAGAUAUGUUUAAACCGGUUGUAAAUGAUACAGGUAUAGGACCUGUUAUCCAGAAUGUUUGGAACCAGGGGUUUUGCAGAUAAGGGAUCUUUCCAUAGUUUGGAUGUCCAUACCUUAAGUCUACUAAAAACCAUUUAAACAUUAAUAAACCCAAUAGGAUUGUUUUGACUCCAAUAAGGAUACAUUACAUCUUAGUUGGGAUCAAGUACAAGGUAUUGUUUUAUUAUUACAGAAAUUUAAAAUUAUUUGAUUGGAAUGGAGCCUAUGGGAGAUUCAGAGCUUUCUGGAUAACGGGUUUCCACAUAAUGGAUGUACAAACCCACACAUGCCACAAUUACCCUUUAAAGAAGGUAGUUUUUGAAAAAAGCACUUUACAGUAAGCUGCAAAACCCCUGGGGUUGCCAACUUACCCUCUUUAAAACUAACUUUAGAUCAAUGGCUAGAUAGUAAUUACUCUCAUCUCAAAUUCCAUUUGUACUUUAACUAGCAGAAUCCCCUGAAAUAUUUUUGCUGUCAGGAAUUCUGAAAGUUGCAUUAAACCCCACCUGUUAUAGAUACAUAUAAAAAAACAUUUUACUUUAAUUAAGACAAAUAGUUGCUGAAAGUUCUAGCUAAAGCAUUUUCUAACAUUCACUUGUGCAUACAUCAAGAUUUCCAUGCUUUUGGCUGGCAUGUACAGGUAAAUAUUUGCAUCAGCAUGGGGAGCCAGUUGUUCUUUGCACUACUCAUGUGAUGAAUACUAAGAGCUUUAUGAGCACUCUGCUUCUGCUGGUUUAAAAUAUGUGUCCUGCUGUUGAGGUUUCAGAAGUAUGGAAAUAUUUACAAUAGAUUUGUGAGUGUCUUAAUACUAGGAGAACUUCUUCUUGAGACCUGCCUAGGACUGCACUGGUUUCUAAUUAUAUAUUAAGUUCUGGAGGUACAUGUUCUUACUGAUUCAACAUGGGCACCUGCAUGUGUGUGCAAGUUUAACUGCAGUGCCCAAAUGCCUGUUCAUAUCCUAAGUCAGCCAGGGGCUUUGAGAAGAGUGGUUGAACAACAUCUACAUGCUGGCAAUAUUCACAGAAUCUGAAAAAGCUUUUUUUAUCAGUGAAAUACUCAUUUCACCUUGUGCCUGUAUUUAAAUAUACCGAACUGCAAAUUAUUACAAUGGGGCGAUUGUUUUUCUUAGGCUGUUGUCAUAUGCAGCAUUUUCUCUGCUUACAUUGGUCCUUACAGAGUUUCACCUUGAGCGUAUGAGUGAAAUCCACCCUGUGGGCAGCAACGCGUGGAUUUCAUUCCUGUUAAUGCAUAUACAAAUGUGGUGACAGUAGCCUUACGAAUGGCAAUAGCAGGAGCCCCCUUUACAAUGCUUACCUCUCCUCCAAUUGGACAAUGGCAGGGGUUGCAGGAUCACUAGUGCAGUGGUGCCUCUAUAAACACAAAAAGAGCAGGAUCAGUACCAGAGGUGGCUUUUUAUAGCUCUCACCUUGCCUCAUGUUAGAACCACCCCUAAGCUAUAGGUGGAUUUUCUGAUUCAAAGAAAUUGACAAUGAAUUUAGCUUGCUUAGAAUGGGUGAGGAUUGUCAGGUCAGACCCUAUACCAUAUGUGACAGGUUCUUCCAACCAGUCUGGGUUUCACACAAUAGCUCCUGCCUCAUCCUCUAGCCUAAUUUAUUGCUAUGGUAUUAUUUUAUAUUCAUGGGCUAGAGUCCUGAAGAUACAGUUAUUUGGCUCAAGGACAUUACUUGAUAAUUUUCCUGCAUAGCCAGCAAUGUAGCCAACAUUUAUUUUAACGAUAACAAACAUAUAUAGCAAACAUUAUUACCUUACUGAUCUGGAUGUCAUUAACAUAUCUGUUCAUUUAAUAAAACACCUUUGACGAAAUCAAAAAACUUUGCUCCCAAAAGACCAAACAGACUAUGACAUUAACUAAACAAAGGUAACAGUCCCCAUGGCCUUGAUAAACUUAUUGCAUGCCAUGUAUUCCAGAAAUUAGGAAGAAAAAAGUGAUCUUUUGCACUCAUGGGCUUUUAGAUGAUUAGUUGUAGUUAUACUUUUUUAUGUUUGUCUGUGGAUAAAUCAUGGGUGGGGGAAGUGUUUUUGUGCCACAAACAUGAUGUGGUUGAUAUAUUAACAUGAUGUGAUUAAUAUAUUAACAGUGGGCAAAUUUUUCUCAGUGCAGUAAGCCGUCAGCUACCUCCUUUUAAGUAUUUUACUUGCAGGACUGUGAUAAAAGCUAAUUGCUUAUUGGUUGCUAUAGAUUAAUAUUGUCCAGUGUUUAAUAAACAAGUUCCAGGGUGACACUCAAAGCUCAAAAAUAUCCUGGUUAUCACAUGUAAUAUGUGUUAUCACAUGUAAUAUAUCACAGCACAGCUUGAUUAGUUUACCAGUAGGUUUCCUUGCCUUUCACCAUUGCCCUCCAACUUUGUGAAAGAUGUGUUGUGGGCUGCUGAACCUAAUGGAUUUCAGCACAGUUCUGCACAAUAUUUUACAUAUUGUUAUAUGCUCAAAAGUGACUAUGAGAUAUUAUAAGGAGCAUUAGACUUUUUCACUAAGUGGGUGCUGGUUCAAAAUGUGAAAAUUUAAAAAAAAAAAAAA